UAUACGCUCGCCGAAGUCAAGCAGCAUGGAAGCCCCGAUGAUUUGUGGAUGAUUCUUUAUAACAGGGUGUACGACUUCACUGCGUUUUCCGCCCAGCAUCCAGGUGGUGCAGAGGUGCUUUUUGAUUGCGGCGGCGUGGAUGCCACCGAGGCUUUUGAAGACGUGGGCCAUUCCAAAAACGCCUGCGAGAUGCUCGCCCCGUUUCUCUUGGGCAGAGUCCCCAAGAAUGACGAGAAG